AUGCCUCCUGGUAUGCUCCGUCCGCCUCCAGGCAUGCCACCGCCAGUUCUUCCUCCACCAUCGUUCUUGAACUGUCCACCACCGAACAUGCCAAGAAUGCCAAUCCCGCCACCACCAAUAGCUGGCAUGCCACGACCUAUUCCUCCUCCAGGAAUGCUACCACCUCCUGGCAUGCUUCCACCACCUGGCAUGUUCCCUCCUGGUAUGCCUCCCCAUCCAGGCAUGCCUCCACCUCCGAGAAUGCCUCCAUGUCUUCCUCCCCCGCCUAAAUUCAUGAAUCAAGGAUCAGCACAGCCCUCUGAACAACAAAAAUCGUUUUUCCCUGGUGCACCGCCCGCUCGACCUGUACCUCCUGGUCCUGGUCAGGUACCUUCUGCGACUCCAAAAAAACAGUCAAAACGUACGGAUGGUCAGCCGGAUUAUGUGACCACUGUUGGAACUGGUGCACUUCCUCCUCCACGCCCUUUUUUGGGAACAUUUGCGCCACUUCCCAGUCAGAUGGGGCAGGCAAAUGACUCGAAGAGUCCUCGAACGCCAAGUCCUGAUGUUUCGAAAAAGCAGCAAGAUGAAGAAAUUGAAAGGCUCAAAAGAGAUAUCGAAGAGCAAAAGCGUCGAGCAGGGCUUCAAACGAAGCAGGAUUCUGCAAAGGUAUGA